AUGGAGGAAUCAGAAGAAGAGGAUGAGGAGGAGGAUGCCCAGUCUGGUCAGCCAUACAUGAGUCUUCUGAAGAGCUUCCAGAGUGCAACCAAGACGAAAAAGAGGAAGUUGGAUCGCCCUGAGGAGGAAGGUCCGAAUAAAGCUACCAAGACGGAAGACGACGACAAUAGUGACGACGAAGACGGCGAGAAGGUGACGGAGGACGUGGAUGCAGUUGACGAGCCAGAGGAAGAUCCCCAGGAUGCACCAUUAGAGGACUUGUUCGACGAAGAUGACGACCUCGACGACUCGGACCCCUUCGAAACUCACUUUGCUGCUCCAGACGAGGCGACAUUUCAGGCCAGGAUAAAGGCUAUUCAGGCGAACAAGUGGAGGACCGACAGGAUAGCAAAAAACUCCAACAGGAUAUACUACAACACCCCAGAGACAGGCGACUCGGCUGAGCAGAAACUUCCCCAUUCCAUUUCUGGAAUUGGCGAUCUUAAGCUCAAGCAACGACUAGCCGAAUCGAUGGCUAAGCACACCGAGUUCGACGAAGCUGAGAAGGCAGUAGCACCUCUUCUCUUCAACUAUCAAGACAUGCUUUACUGCAACCGGUCAGUGGCAUCGUCUGAGAGCGUAAGGCGGAUGGCGUGUCUUCAUGCGCUCAACCAUGUUUUCAAGACUCGUGACCGUGUAAUCAAGAACAACACCAAGUUGCAAAGAGACGACACCCUUGAGCUUAGAGACCAGGGCUUUACCCGCCCCAAGGUCUUGAUGAUUCUCCCUACCCGCCAGUCAUGCGUCAAAAUGGUCGAAAUGAUCUGCAAGGUCGCCGCUCCUGAGCAACAAGAAAACCGCAAGCGUUUCGACGAUGGCUAUGUCGACAAGUCCACCAAGUUCUCUGACGACAAGCCCGAAGACUUCCGCGACCUCUUCGCCGGCAACGACGACGACAUGUUCCGCCUCGGUAUGAAGUUCACUCGCAAGACCAUCAAGUACUUCUCGCAGUUCUACAACUCGGACAUCAUCUUUGCCUCCCCUCUCGGUCUACGCAUGGCCAUCGGUUCCGAGGAAGAGAAGAAGAAGCUCGACUACGACUUCCUCUCGUCCAUUGAGCUCGUCAUUGUCGACCAGGCCGACGCCCUGCUCAUGCAGAACUGGGAGCACGUCGAGUUCAUCUUUGAGCACCUCAACCUCCAGCCCCGCGACGCCCACGGCUGCGACUUCUCCCGCGUGCGCUCCUGGUACCUCGACGACCAAGCCAAGUACUUCCGACAGACGGUGAUUUUUAGCGCCUUCAACACGCCCGAGCUGGCCGAGCUGCAGCGUCUCUACUGCCACAACUGGGCAGGCAAAGCCCGGCUGCAAGCCGAAUACCCAGGCGUGAUCCAGUACCUGGGCGUCAAGACGCGCCAGACCUUCAGCCGGUUCGACGCGGCCUCCAUUGCCGCCGACCCGGACGCACGCUUCGCCUACUUCACCAAGGCCAUCGUGCCGACGCUGGUCAAGCGGGCCGCCAAGGACGCGGCGGGAACGGUCAUCUUCAUACCCUCGUACCUCGACUUUGUGCGCGUGCGCAACUACUUUGCCAACAACCCGGCCGUCGAGAGCGUCACGUUCGGCAACAUCUCCGAGUACGCCGACACACCCGAAGCGUCGCGCGCGCGCUCGCAUUUCCUGACGGGCCGCCACCGCGUGCUGCUGUACACGGAGCGCGCUCACCACUUUAGGCGGUACGCCAUCAAGGGCGUCAAGCGCGUCAUCUUUUAUGGCUUGCCGGAUAACCCCAUCUUCUACAGGGAGAUUGCGGGCGGGUAUUUGCAAAAGAGCGAGCAGGCGCUGAUGCUAGAGCACGGGCAGGGACACGUCAAGGUCAUGUUCAGCAAGUAUGAUAUUAUGAAGCUGGAGAGGAUCGUGGGGACCAAGAGGGCGGGUAAGAUGAUCACGGAGCAGGGCGAUACUUUUGAUUUUGUGUAA